GAACGUGCAGCUUGAAGUCUCGACGAACGCCAACCCGCCGUCUUCCUUCAAAUCUCCUCACGCCUGCUCGCUUCGGGUUCUGAAGCCGGACGUGUCGUUCGCCGCGUUCCAUGUCCCCAGCGUCGCUUUUCCUCUGUUGCCGGGUUCGGAAUGCCGCAUGAACCGGAGUCGCCGCCGCUGGAACACGAAGGAGAGGGAGAGUCGCAGAAGCCACAGCUGCCGCGGCAACAGAGCCUGCUGUCACCGCCUCACAAGGUCCCCCGCCUCUCAUCGGAUGAAGCAGCGAUGGUGACCAUGGCGGCGCCUUCGCCAUUGAUGCUGGGUUUGGGGCUCGGGCUUGGAACAGGACCGGGAGCUUCCAAACCGGUCAUCACCUUCAUGCAGCUGCAGGAGCUGGAGCACCAGGCCCUCAUCUACAAGUACAUGGCUGCCGGCCUCCCCGUCCCCGUCCACCUCGUCCUGCCUAUCUGGAAGAGCGUCGCCGCUUCCUCCUUCGGCGCCUACCACUAUCCAUCCUUGAUGGGCUACGGGAGCUUGUGCUUGGAUUAUCGCAACAGCAUGGAGCCGGAGCCCGGGCGGUGCCGGAGGACCGACGGCAAGAAGUGGCGGUGCUCCAGAGACGUCGUCCCCGACCAGAAGUACUGCGAGCGCCACAUGCACCGCGGCCGCAACCGUUCAAGAAAGCCCGUGGAAGCAGCCGCGACGUCCGCCGCCGCCGCUUCGACGCCACCCAGUUGUCCAUCUCGAUCCCGGCUGGUGGGCGGUUUCUGCCGCCCACCAACGCCGCCAGCGGCAGCAGCGGAACCGUGACGCUUGUCCGCGGACACCUUUUCUUUUUUCCUUUCUGCGAUCUUUAGUGUAUUGUGUAGUCUCAGUGAGAUUUGGCUGUCGGAGAAGAGAGAGACCUAAGGAAGGUUGACAUAGGAAGGCAGGGCCCACGAGCU